UCUCUGGGAGGUGGUUGGACUGGAUUGGGCUGGGUCCUGCGGGUGCCCCUCACACCUUCACCUUGAUUUGGGGUUCGGUGUGCAAAUUGGUCUUCACCUCGGUCACUGCUUAUCAGUGGUGCUCGAUAUGGCAUCGUAUUCAAAGCAAACUUCAUGGAGGCGGCAUGAGGAAAGAGCGAAAGACUUCGCACACACCACCUGCUUGUACCUGCCUGCCAUUCCCAGCUCCUAUUCCGCAAUCGCCCUCUCACCCGCCGUCUUUCAUCAUUGACUCUCAUUGAUACCCCCCUCCUGCAUCUUCAUCUUUGUUGUUAUUAUGCUCAUCACCACGUCAAUAUCGCACACCGAAAUUCAUGAUAUACCACAUUAUUCAUGGAUAUGCUGUAUGAUGGCAUGCGUCUGUUGAUGCAGCGGCGUAACCGCAACAAAGCCCUGCUCAAUCGCAACUCCAUUGAGCUCCCCCCGGCCCCCCAGUCCACUCCCUCAGGCUCUCGUCCGCAGUCACCUACGCCUGAGGUGGCCGAAGAGAGGCGUCUUCAUCGAGCCAGAGCCACCUCACGACCCGUCCCCCCCAAUCCUCCAAACUCCCCCAGUUUGCUGGAGAACAAUCCCGACCAAGACCCAACUCUCAUCCGAGAUUUCUACACAUCCUUCAAUACUGUCAGAGCGGCUCAUGGCUUUGCCACAUACGAGUUACAGGAGGAGGGCGAGCAGCAGCAGCAGCAGCAGCAGCAGCAAAAUCAAGAGAAGAGAACACAAGAACCGCCUACUAACAAGGCCACAGACGAGAACGACGAGUCUCUCCAGCGUUACAAGGAGUCUCUUGGCCUCGGAGGCGGCAAGGACCUCUCUGACGCCUCAGACCCCCGUGUCUGCAUUAUCCAGUCCCUUACUAUGGAAUCCCCUGGCCGCGACCCUGUAACUAUCGACCUGUCCAGCCCCGGCUCUGAGGCCACCCUCAAGGACAAGCCCUUCAAGAUCAAGGAGGGCGCCAAGUUCACCAUGGUUGCCAACUUCAAGGUUCAGCACGAGAUCCUCAGCGGUCUGCAGUAUGUUCAGGUCGUCAAGCGCAAGGGCAUCAAGGUUAGCAAGGACUCUGAGAUGCUGGGCAGCUACGCUCCCAACACGGACAAGCAGCCAAUCUACACCAAGCGCUUCCAAGAGGAGGAUGCACCCUCCGGCAUGUUGGCCCGCGGCCACUACAACGCCAUCUCCAGCUUCGUCGACGACGACAAGAAGACCCACCUCACUUUUGAGUGGUCCUUCGACAUCGCCAAGGACUGGUAGAUCACGGUUACCCCUCAACGUUCAGCCUGCUCCUUCUUUCACCACCCUCAAGAGAAUUCAGAAGGCAGUCUUGCCACUCCUGG